CGCAAACAAAAAGAAGCUUUAGGUAUAUUCACGUGAAACCAGACAAGGCUAGCCUUAGCCUCCUCACAUUUUUUGAUACAAUAAAUUUCUCCCCACCAAGGACCCAACAUUCUACAAACACAACACCGCAACCAUGGCGCCAUCAGCGACCGACCCUUCUCCGAGCGAAGACAUCGCCCUCCUCACCCUCCGCAAAACCCUAACCUCGGAAACCGAACCCCUCGCACGCCGUUUCCGCGCCCUCUUCUCCCUCAAACACCUCGCCUGCCAAGGCAGCCUGCCCGCCAUCUCUGCCAUCGCCGCAGCCUUCACGUCUCCGUCCGCGCUGCUGAAACACGAACUCGCGUACUGUCUGGGGCAGACGAAGAAUUUGGCGGCGGUGCCAUAUCUGAAGGCCGUUUUGGAGGAUAGGGAUGAGGAUUCGAUGUGUAGACACGAGGCUGCGGAGGCGUUGGGCGCGAUUGGGGAUGUGGGGAGUUUGGAGCUGUUGAGGGGGCUGAGGGAUAGGGUGGAGGAGGUGGAGGUUGUGAGGGAGACGUGUGAGAUUGCUGUUGCAAGGAUCGAGUGGGAGAAUUCUGAGGAGGGGAAGUUGGAGAAGUUGAGGCGGAGUGAUUUUGAAUCCAUUGAUCCUGCGCCCACGGCACCUGCGGAGCAGAGCGAGAGUAUUGAAAAGUUGGAGACGACGUUGUUGGAUACGAAGCAACCAUUGUUCUUGAGAUAUAGAGCUAUGUUUGGUCUUAGGGACCUAGCCUCACCACCCGACCUUCCGACUGCUGUUCCUGCGGUCCAUGCUCUUGCAAAGGGUUUUUCUGAUCCUUCCGCUCUAUUCCGACACGAAAUCGCAUUCGUAUUUGGUCAAUUGUCCCAUCCAGCAUCCAUUCCUGCUCUGUCUGCAGCCCUUGCCGAUACGGACGAGGCGAGUAUGGUUAGACAUGAAGCUGCUGAAGCUCUUGGAAGUCUUGGCGAAGAGGAAGGAGUCGAAGAGACCUUGAAGCGUUUCUUGAAUGACAAGGAGCAAGUCGUAAGAGAUAGCGUGAUCGUUGCUUUGGAUAUGGCGGAGUUCGAGAAGGGCGGGGAGGUCGAAUACGCAUUGAUUCCCGAAGCCUCUACUGCAUAGGGAGUGAUAGGGAGUAUUUGGGCGCAUCGUUGGUUUUGGUUCGGCAUCAGGUGAUUUCGGGGUAUUUGAUUUCUGGGACAUAAAAUGCCAGGUACCAAGUGCUGGUGCCUUGAAUAGCAACUCAACUCGAACAUAUACAUCAAACAUAUAGCAUCUCUGGUGAAAACGUCCGCCAAUAGUGUUUCCGUUCAAUUAUUCGUGUUCCACUUAUGGCCACAAUCACACGUGUAGAA